AGAGCCGUCCUGUGCAGGCCGCUGUUCGGGACUGAAUGAGAGACUAGCGCUCCAGCGGGCCGGCCAGUACUCACAGAAAGCCCGUGUUUCGGUUCGGUCCGGUAGGACAGGAGGGAGAUCAUCAUGGCUCUGAAGAUCGUGAAGGGAAGCAUCGAUCGGAUGUUCGAUAAAAACCUGCAGGAUUUAGUACGUGGCAUCAGGAACCAUAAGGAAGAUGAGGCCAAGUACAUCUCGACGUGCAUCGAUGAGAUCAAACAAGAACUCAAACAGGACAACAUCGCUGUUAAAGCCAAUGCAGUCUGCAAGCUCACCUACUUGCAGAUGCUUGGCUAUGAUGUCAGUUGGGCUGCGUUCAAUAUCGUGGAGGUGAUGAGCUCCUCCAAAUUCACAUUCAAGCGAAUUGGCUACCUUGCAGCAUCGCAAUGCUUUCACGAGGGCACUGAUGUCAUCAUGCUGACGACCAAUCAGAUCCGCAAGGAUCUCAGUAGUCCCAACCAGUAUGACACUGGCGUGGCUCUGACUGGCCUUUCCUGCUUCGUGACCCCUGACCUUGCUCGUGACCUGGCCAAUGACAUCAUGACUCUGAUGUCCCACACUAAGCCGUACAUUCGCAAGAAGGCAGUGCUGAUCAUGUACAAAGUGUUCCUGAAGUACCCUGAGUCCCUUCGUCCUGCCUUCCCACGCCUCAAAGAGAAGCUGGAGGACCCAGAUCCUGGUGUCCAGUCAGCAGCUGUGAAUGUCAUCUGUGAACUGGCCAGAAGAAAUCCCAAGAACUACCUUUCCUUGGCACCCCUGUUCUUCAAACUCAUGACCUCCUCCACCAACAACUGGGUUCUCAUCAAGAUCAUUAAACUGUUUGGUGCUCUCACACCGUUGGAGCCUCGUUUGGGAAAGAAGUUGAUUGAGCCCCUUACAAAUCUCAUCCACAGUACCUCGGCCAUGUCGCUUCUCUAUGAAUGUGUCAACACGGUCAUAGCAGUGUUGAUCUCGCUGUCCUCUGGGAUGCCCAAUCACAGUGCUAGCAUACAGCUCUGUGUGCAGAAACUGCGAAUCCUGAUUGAAGACUCGGACCAGAACUUGAAGUACUUGGGUCUUCUGGCCAUGUCCAAGAUCUUAAAGACGCACCCCAAGUCUGUGCAGUCGCACAAGGACCUGAUCCUGCAGUGUUUGGACGACAAAGAUGAGUCGAUCCGACUGAGAGCUCUGGAUCUGCUCUAUGGCAUGGUUUCGAAGAAGAACCUGAUGGAGAUCGUGAAGAAGCUCAUGCUCCAUGUGGACAAAGCGGAAGGCACCACUUACCGAGAUGAGCUGCUCACCAAGAUCAUCGACAUCUGCAGCCAGAGCAACUACCAGUAUAUCACCAACUUUGAGUGGUACAUCAGUAUCCUGGUCGAACUGACUCGUCUGGAGGGCACAAGGCACGGCCACCUAAUCGCCUCUCAGAUGCUGGACGUCGCCAUCCGAGUCAAAGCCAUCCGAGGCUUCGCCGUGGCUCAGAUGGCCACUUUGCUGGACAAUGCACACCUGCUGACUGGCAACACGCAGCGCAACGGGAUCUGCGAGGUUCUCUACGCCGCCGCGUGGAUCUGCGGCGAGUUCUCAGAGCAUCUGGAAGACCCAAUGCAGACACUCGAGGCCAUGCUGAGACCCAAAGUGGCCACCCUGCCCGGUCACAUCCAGGCGGUGUAUGUACAAAAUGCGGCUAAGCUGUUUGCGACGGUGCUGCAGAAGCACGAAGGCGAGACAGACAGCCAGGCUGCGCAAGAGACCAGCCAGCUGCUCAUAGACAGACUGCCGCUGUUCGUCCAGAGUGCCAACCUGGAAGUGCAGGAGAGGGCGUCCUGCAUCCUCCAGCUGGUAAAGUACAUCCAGAAGCUGCAGCAGAAGAACGUGGAGGUGGCCGAGGAAGUAACAGCUCUCUUCGCCGGCGAACUCAAUCCUGUGGCCCCCAAGGCCCAGAAGAAAGUGCCUAUACCAGAAGGUCUGGAUCUCGACGCCUGGAUCAAUGAGCCUCCGUCAGAGAGCGAGUCUGAGGAUGAGAAGCCCAAAGCUGUGUUCGCUAAAGAAGAACCCAAGCAUUACAGAUCAAGAAACACUGAGGUUGAUGAGAAAGAGUUGGCCAGGAGGAGGGAAGUCAGGAAGCAGGAACAGGCCAACAACCCGUUCUACAUCAAGGCAUCACCAUCAUCUCAGAAGGUGUAUGACGCGCCAGGUGUAGAACACAUUCCAGUGGUGCAGAUCGACCUUAGUGUGCCUCUCAAAGUCCCAGGGAUGCCCAUGUCCGACCAAUACCUGAAGCUGGAGGAAGAGCGCCAGCAGAAGGAGAAGGCGGAGAGGAAGAAGAAGGAAAAGAAGAAAAAGCGUGAGAAGCGAGGAAAAGGGAGGAAGGCGGAUUCGGGUCCCGAGAGUGAGGAAGACAUAACGCCCGCUCAACAUGUGGACAUAGUCACAGAGGAGAUGCCAGAGAAUGCCUUACCAAGUGACGAUGACGAUAAGGAUCCUAACGACCCUCAUAGAGCUCUAGACAUCGAUCUGGACAAUCUGCUAUCUGGUUUUAGCUCAAGGCCGCUUGCAGACAGCGAGAAGCUUCCGGUGAGGACCCACCGUCCAGAGGUGCUGAAGAGCCCUGCUGAGGACAGAGUCAGCGAGAGCGUCCCACCGGAGACCAAGAAGAAGAGCAGUAAAGAGAAGAAAGAGAAGAAGAAAGACAAGGAGAAGGACAGGAAGAGGAGCAAAGAGGAAAAGAAGAAAAAGAAGAAACACAAAGAAGUGGAGGAGGAGCUUCUGGAGUCCCAGCCAGAAGAGCCUGUCCAAUCAGAGGAGACCAAAGAGGCGGCAGCCCCGCCCACAUCCACAUCUGCUGAGGCCUCGGAUCUGGAUUUCUGGCUCUCUAGCGCUCCUGUCCCCCCCGCCGCACAGGAGGUGACGGUGCCCUCGUCUGCUGUGGAAACGAGCUCUGCGGCCGUCCCAGAAUCUGAACCUGAUGAGCCUAAAGACACCGAGCCAGAGGACACGAAAUCCUCUAAACACAAGAAGAAAAAGCAGAAGAAGGAAAAGGAGGAGAAGGAGAAGAAAAAGAAGAAGCGACACCACCAUCAUCACCAUCACGGUGAGGCCGGGGGAGAGGAUUCGGUGCAGAACGGCACCGUGGAGGAAGAGGAGCCCCUGCCGCCCAUGUCCAACUACUCUGUGCUGGCGGAGAACUCCUUCAUCAAGAUGAUGAGAGAAGAUGCUGAGCAGGUGUACGACAUCCAGGGCAACCAUCAGGAUGAGAGCAAAGUUGUGGUGUCGAUCAUCUUCGAGAACAAGAGCGACAGCUUCCUGAAGUCGAUGGAGUUCAAUGUGCUGGAUUCCCUCAACUCCAAACUUCAGCGGCCCGAGGGAGCCGGACCUCACGACGGCCUGACCGUCCCCUUCCAACUGCCACCAGGCGUUUCGAACGAGGCCCGCUUCGUGUUCUCAGUGCAGAGUAUCGUCAUGCCUCAGAAACUAAAGGGAACCCUCACCUUCAUAGUUAAGUCAGAUGAAUCCUCUACUCAUGAGAAACUGGACUUCAAACUGCACUUUACAUGCACGUCAUACCUGAUCACCACUCCCUGCUACAGUGACGCAUACGCAAAGCUGCUGGAGUCGGGCGACCUGAAGGGCAGCUCUCUACGGCUAGAGGGGAUCAACAUGCCCUUCCACCACCUGCUGGCCAGGAUCUGCUUCCACCAUCACUUCUCCGUUGUGGAGAGGAUUGACUCCUGCGCCUCCAUGUACAGCAGGUCGAUCCAGGGUCACCACGUCUGUUUGCUGGUCAAAACCUCUGAUCAGACGGUCUCCAUCGAUGCCAAGUGCGACGAGCCAUCGCUGCUGGGGAAUGUGCUGGAUGAGCUCAAGCAGACCUUCUCGAAAUGUUGAUUGUGUCUGAGAGACCCCUCACCACUCUGAAACCCCCUGAACCCCCAUCCCAGCGCAGCCUGUCCGGCUGAACCACACGCUCAGAAUCAUAUAUGGCUCUCUGAGACUCGGGUCCCUCCUCUUCCUUUCUAUUUAUUGGAUCAGUCGUUCUGCUGUUCUUCUUUUAAGAUCACAAAUUUCAAGCCUUUGUUUCCCCUUCUCGACCUCCGACGUGCAUUUUGUUUCUUACUAUGCUUCUUCGUCUCUGACGGUCUUUCCAUUGUCUUAACGGUCCAUGACUUCCAUCUUGAGAACUGGAUUGUUUUUCCUUGUCGAUGCUUGUUGUUUGCUUUUUUUGUUAUGUUUUGCGUUGUGGUGUUUGUUGCGUUUUUUUUUUUUAAUCUGUCCUGAACUCCACCAUCGCCUUUCUCUGCAUUAAACAUCAGCGUGUCUGUUCCUUACCAGUUUUGUAUGUGUUGCUCUUUUCGGAGGCAAGUCCUUGCAGGACUGGUUUCGGACCCGAAACAGCUCAACCCCUCCUCAAACUAUUAACUGCCUCUGAGCACUAAUUUCACUCAUAAAGUACAGUUGCACAAAUAGUCGCACGGAUGUAGGACGUAUAGGUAACACAGGGUUGCAUUCUAGUCUACGUUUAUACUUGCAAUCCCGCGUGAUAUUAGCGACCUCAUAAUGUUCUGAGAUGAAACUACAGUUGCAUAUAGUUAACUAAACCGCACACUAACAAACCUUGCUCAGGAUAAUGACGGUUAGUGAAGGUGGCAAAAUGAACAACAUCGGAUUAUCUUACAUCUCACAAAUCCGCUAUAGUAAUUCUUGUACUUUAUGUUCGAGUAAAUGGAUGCUAGGGUUGCAAAGAGGUGUUUCCAGAUAUUUACUAAAAUUUCCACAACCCUAAUGGACACCAUGAGGAUGCAAUCAGAAAAAUUUCGAUUUGUACUGUAGUUUGUUGGGGGAGGAUACUCAAAUAGAUUAAUCGCGUCAAAGCGAUUAGUCGCGAUUAAUCACAUCCAAAAUAAGUAUUUACAUGUGUGUUAACUGUGUAUAUUUAUGUGUAUAUAUAAAUGUACACUUGCGUAUAUAUUCAUAUUUAUAUCUGAAUGACUAAAUGCAUACACACAUAUUAUGUAAACACUUAUUUUGGAUGCGAUUAAUCGAUUUAAUGCUAUUAAUUUGGUUUAUAUAUUCUAUUUUACAAACUAAAGUACUAUUCGAAAUUCUUUUCUGAUUGCAUUCAUCAGUAAACAUUUUAACCUUGAAAAUUGCUUAAACAUGCCAUUUAACACACUGUCAGUAUCUCAUAUUUCUGGACAGUAUUAUAGUAAAAUGACUCCUUGUAUGUUUCUAAUACCUGUCUUAAGAAUAUAUUGCUAUGAAAGGGAGCCUAACAAGUUAAAUGUGCACUUCCUCUGUCUAUAUGACGUCUGUCAAACGCCACCGUGACAUGCUUCAUGUGUUCUUCAGCUCUUAGAACUGCCGUCUUCUACAUUUGCAGAUUGCAACGAAUCUUGUUUUUUGUUUUUUAUGCUGUUAAAUGCCUUUUUCACACUAAUGAACUUGUACUGACUAAUUCAGGCACAUGCUGUAAGUAAUUCCUGUGUUUAACUGUCAUAUCCAGCACGCUGUAGCGCUCGGUUGUAAAGACGCAACCAAAAUAGUGGAGUUCUGCUCAUGAAACCUGACGUUGUCCUGAGCGUACCUAGCAAGUGUUUUCCAUCGUACGAGUGAGUUCAUCAACAAGAAGUGACUUGAAAAGCAGGUUAAAAGAACGUUUCUGGAAAAACAACAUCUCUAGAGGUUUACAGGUCCUGUGAGGAUCCAGUCAUCUGAUGUGGAGAAAAGCGACUGUAAUUAUUAACAAGUCUGAAUUUUCUGCUACAAGUCACAUUGAAAUGUAUAACUUGCAUGGGUAGCAAUGUAAACUACUUUUUGUUUAUUUUUGACUAAUACAUGAACACUUGCAUAGAAAACUUUCCUAUCAUUCCUUGAUUGUCGCAAUUGUUUUCUAGUUUCUUUUUUUACAUAAAAGUUGGCAUCACCAAUAUUACACUUUUUUUUUUAUUGUAUAAUGUAUUUAUAUUUGUUAUAAGUACAUAAACUUCAGAAAAUGUCUUGGAAUGUUUUAAAAAAAAAUAGCAUUUUGCAUUAAAUUAUUAUACAUAUAAAUAUCAGUAGAGGGGGUUUGGGGGGAUUUAGGGGGUCCGUCUACUCUAGUUAUGAAUACUUUAACCGUUAAAUGUGAUUCAAGUGAAGUGGCCCAGCUAAUCUAAUAAGGUUUUCCCUCUGGCAAGUUGUAGUGCAGAUAUUGCUGGAUUUGGCUUAUCAUUAAAUAUAAACCCAUUGCUCUUCAUUAUAGGUACUGUCCAACUCCUUCAUAUGUAUUUUCUGACUGUAUGAUGUAAUAUAAUGUUUUAAGAUGAAUAAAUGAACUACAAGAAUGACC